CUCAAAGAAACCCUUCACUUUUACAAACUUUUCCUUACAUAAACAACUCAUACAAGUCUAUACACUUUAUGUUUAUUUCCUUUAUUUCUAAAACAACAACCUUUGAUUCGGCUGCCUCUUUUUAGCCCUCUUCGACCUCAAUUGAUUUUCAUUACCUCUUUUUUAGCCUUAUUCUUCUUUUCUCAGCUUACCCAAUUUAAUUUACGCAAACGGUAACAAAACAGUAUGAACCCUUACAAAAUUCUUCAAAAUAUGCAAAUAAACUUGAACCUAAACCAUCUAAUCUCAUACUUGGUGAUUUUCACCUUAGGUUUUACCCUUGGAAACUUUCCUUUUUCCCUUAAAAAUGUGGUCAAUACCAAGUUUCCAUUAGAGAAUUUGGAUGUUUCUCCAUUGUUAAAAACUCAUGAGUGGAUGCAUGAUAUGGAGGAUGAAGAGUUGUUAUGGAGAGCAUCAUCAAUGGCACCAAAAUUAGGGGAAGAGUAUUAUCCAUCUAAGUUAUUACCCAAAAAGAUUGCUUUUAUGUUUUUGGUUAGAGGACCAAUACCAUUAGAGCCUUUAUGGGAUAUGUUCUUUAAAGGGAAUGAAGGGCUUUAUCGUAUUUAUGUUCAUUCUCUUCCUUCUUAUAAUCAAUCUUAUCCAUAUAAUUCAGUCUUUCAUGGAAGAAGGAUUCCUAGUGAGGAAGUAGAAUGGGGAAAAUUCAACAUGGUAGAAGCAGAACGUCGUUUACUAGCUAACGCUCUCUUAGACAUUUCAAAUCAACGAUUUAUUCUCUUAUCAGAAUCAUGUAUACCUCUUUUUAAUUUCUCCACAAUAUAUUCUUACCUUAUAAACUCCAAUCAAAGUCACAUACAAGCCUAUGAUAAACCAGGUCCGGUAGGACGUGGGCGUUACAACCACAACAUGAUGCCACACGUAACACUCUCACAAUGGCGAAAAGGCUCACAAUGGUUCGAGAUUGAUCGUAAGCUAGCCCUAGAAAUUGUGUCUGAUCGAGAAUAUUUUCCUUUAUUUAAGAAAUACUGUAAUAUUCGUUCAUGUUAUGGAGAUGAGCACUAUUUACCAACAUUUGUGAGUAUUAAGUUUUGGUGGAUGAAUUCUAAUAGGAGUUUAACUUGGGUUAAUUGGUCUAAAAAUGGACCUCAUCCUGGUGCAUUUCAAAGGCCUCAUGUUACUCCUCAACUUCUUCAUAGUUUAAGGAGUAAUUCAAGUUGUGAAUAUAAUGGGGGGAAUACUAAUGUUUGCUUCUUGUUUGCUAGGAAAUUUAUGCCUAGUACUUUAACAAGGUUGCUUAGAUUUGCUCCUUCAAUUUUCAAGUUUUAAUUAAUCUUUGUGUAAAUAUAUGAUUAUGGUUUGUUUAGCGUACAUCACAAGUCUCACAUAGAAAAAUAAUAAAAAAAAAAUUGACAAAUAUGUUAGUGAUCUAGCUUAAGGGGCCAGAAAUAAAUUCGUGUACACUCAAUAUAAAACGAAUAAAAACAUAUUUAUAUGGAUUAUUCAUUGCUGGUGGGUCAAACAAAUUCAGUAUCUUUUGCUUCUUUUAGGAAAAGUAGAAAACAAAUUGUUAGUUUUUCUUUCAUUUAUUUAUUUAUAUGUUCAUUUUUCAAACUAAAUUAAUGGUCUAUAUAAUAUAAUAUGUUUUAUGGACUAUGCACAUAUGUAUAAGUAUGAGCUAAUACUUUGUAAUUCAUCAAGAUCUAUUCAACCAUAUU